AUGGGUAACGUUGAGCCUGACCCAAGCCUUACGCAAAAGAACCUUUCCUCGAGUGCUUGUACAGCACACAAAUCCACCAUUUUGUUCCGAUUCCCAUUGUCGUCUGGGAGUCCGUCUCCUCCUCCCAUCCUACCAUUGUUGCCCGAUCUGGUGUAUCAAAACCAACCGGGGCCCUCCAAUCCCUACCUCGCCCUCCUGCCGCCUGAAGAUGAGAUCCCCAACCUUGACGAGUUACCCUCCAAACAACCACCCUUGCCCCCACCUACCACGCCUGCUCCUACCAUGUCAGGACACCACCGCAUCACCCUCGCCGCCAACCCCCCCUACUUCGAUGGCGACAAGACCAAAUACAUGGGCUUUGUGGACUCGUGCACCACCUACAUUGGCGCAUACCAGUCAGAAUUCUUGCUGGAUGAAACCAAAAUCCUCUUCAUCCUCUCCUACCUCCGCAAUGAGGCUGGCACAAGCUGCGCCGCCUCGAGAUGGGCAAUGAACUGGAAACAGCGCAACUUCGAAAGCCUUAAUGGAAUAAAGGCUGGGGUCACCUCGGCGACCUUCUUAGAGGAACUUCAGAGGGCCUUUGGGGACUCCAACAUGGAGCAAGUUGCUGCCGCUCAACUCAUGGCUCUGCGCCAGAAUAGACAAUCCUUUGCGGAUUAUAUCUCCGACUUCGAGAUGCUGGCUGCGGACGCGGGGUACAACGUGGUCACCUCCACCGACAGCAAGGGCGAGUACAAGAAGGGGGAUCAGGACAAUAUCCUCAUCGAGUUCCUUGAGCGUGGGCUGAGCAGCGAGAUUGCAAGUCGCCUCUACAACACCAGUGUCCCUUUGCCCAAGGCAUAUGGUGCCUUCAAGGACUGGUGUGUCAACAUCGAGGCCAAUGCCUUGCGUGACCAGCUGCGUAAGGCUUCCUAUGCGCACUCGACUCCGCGGCCUCCCCUCCAAUUCCGCCCUCAGACAGCACCAGCGGUGCCCACACCUGCUCCGACCCGGCCAGCUGCCAACAAGCCGGUUCCAAUGAAAAUCGAUUGCACCCAUGCCCAGGGCCGCAAUAUCAUCUGCUACAACUGUCAGCAGCCUGGACACAUCGUGCGGAAUUGUCCGGAGCCCAAGAAGAAGCGCACAUUCUUCAAUCGGGCCACAAUGCUAGAAGAAAUCGAGAACGGGGACAAGGACAACGAGUUCCUCAAGGAGAUUGCCGAGAAGCUGCGUGAGAAGGGUUUUUGA